CAAUGAGACCGCUCAGAUGGGAGUCUUGGUCCUGUGGAAUCGCUGGCAAAUUUAAGGAUUUGAUACGUUCAGCUACUUGAAGAAAUAUCGUUAAUGUUACAACGAUUUUUGAUACAUCAGUAACGGUUGUUUAAAGUCAUCCAUUUCCAUUCUUUAUACAUGUUGGUGCAUAUUGGUAACCAAGCUACUACCAAAGCAAAAGCCAUCUGUAAGCAGACUGUCCGCUGCCUCCAAAAUACAGUCUAGCUAGCUAACGUUUCUUCCAGUAGGCUGUAAUAUAUUAUUUUUUCAAGUUUCACCGUCGCUGUCUGUUUUUGGACUGUCUUUCGGCAAUUGGAAGAGUAAACAUGGACGAAGACAGUCAAGUACCUGAGGAUCUCUCACUAGACGAAAGGGACGAGCUGUCCAACAUACGACGCAGGAAAAAAGAGCUAUUGGAUGACAUUGAGAGGUUGAAGUUUGAGAUAGCUGAAGUCAUGACCGAAAUUGAGCAGUUAACAUGCGUGGGGGAGAGCAAAACGUCACAGAGAAACAAGCAGAUUGCCAUGGGAAGGAAGAAAUUCAAUAUGGAUCCUAAAAAAGGAAUCCAGUUCCUCCUGGAAAAUGACCUUCUACAGAACACUCCUGAAGACAUUGCACAAUUCCUGUACAAAGGAGAGGGGCUAAACAAGACUGUCAUUGGUGAUUACUUAGGAGAGCGGGAUGAGUUCAAUAUCAAGGUCCUCCAGGCUUUUGUGGAGCUUCAUGAGUUUGCAGACCUCAACCUGGUCCAGGCUUUGAGGCAGUUUCUGUGGAGCUUCAGGCUUCCAGGGGAAGCUCAGAAGAUCGAUCGGAUGAUGGAGGCCUUUGCGUCACGGUAUUGCCAGUGUAACCCAGGAGUCUUCCAGUCCACAGACACGUGCUAUGUGCUCUCCUUCGCCAUCAUCAUGCUCAACACCAGCCUCCACAACCCCAACGUCCGGGACAAGCCAGCGGUGGAGAGGUUUAUCUCCAUGAACCGAGGGAUCAAUGAGGGAGGAGACCUGCCCGAGGAGCUUCUGAGGAAUUUAUAUGAAAGUAUUAAGAAUGAACCAUUCAAAAUUCCAGAAGACGAUGGCAAUGACCUCACACACACGUUCUUCAACCCGGACAGGGAAGGAUGGCUGUUGAAGUUAGGAGGAAGAGUGAAAACCUGGAAGCGAAGGUGGUUUAUUUUGACUGACAACUGCCUCUAUUACUUUGAGUACACAACGGACAAGGAGCCCCGUGGUAUCAUACCCCUGGAAAACCUGAGCAUCAGAGAGGUCGAAGAGCCCAGGAAGCCCAACUGCUUCGAGCUGUACAACCCAAAUCACAAAGGCCAGGUGAUCAAGGCCUGCAAAACGGAGGCCGAUGGCAGGGUGGUGGAGGGGAACCACGUGGUUUACAGAAUAUCUGCCCCCACACCAGAGGAGAAGGAGGAAUGGAUCAAGUCAAUCAAAGCGAGCAUCAGCAGGGAUCCUUUCUACGACAUGCUGGCCACCAGGAAGCGGCGGAUUGCCAACAAGAAAUGAGAGCUACCUGUGCACGGCCCCUUCUCCAAUGCUGACGAGACAGGCUCCCUCCUUAAAGGGGAUUUUCUACGCUUUGGGGAACUGAGGGGCUGGAGCAGGGACGAGAGCCACCAGGAUACAGGACCAGACAGAAAGCUAAGCAAAAGACUCUGAAACAGUAGUGUGACAGAAACCCUGUCACCGCCCUGUUUUUCCCUUAAUUAUUCUUCUGCAGUCUCUUGUUUUUUUCCAUGUGUUUAUCCCUGGUUUGUUUCAGUGACUUCAAUAGCACAACUGCAGUUUUUUUCUUCGUAUGCAUGGAUGUAUGUAAACAUAGGCAAAGGACUACAUACAGGAGGACGUCUGUUUUCUUUCACACACAUGCAAAUUACAGACUAUACCGUGUAAAGUAUGAUUUCAGAACAUGGGCAUUUUUGGAGGCGCUGGAGACUAACAGUGAUCAUUGAUGAUAAAAGUGCCCUUACAUUCCCAUUCCCGAGGACAGACACUGCGGGCCAGAGGGACAGACAACUCCAGUUGUGGCACGCCAUUGCCUGUGUGAAAUCCCAGCAGUGAUUCAACACCAAAAGCGUCUCAGUCUUUCCCGAUACUGAGCACAGAUGUCUAAGGGUGCUCCUGCUCCAAUACCUCUUCAGCUGCCUCAUCGCUGGCAAAACAUCCUGUACAUUGUUGCUUUUUUUUUGGGUGCUCUUACUUGUGUAAUUUCAUAACCUGAAGAAGUGAGAAUUUAAACAUGGUCAUAAUGCUCAAUAACAGUCUGAGUCAGCAGGACUGAUUUCUUAUUUUGUAUUGAAUACAAAUAUGACACGAAUCCACCCCUUUUCUGUCAGUAAACAGCUGUCAUUUUAAACAUAACUUUUAGAAGUCCUAUGUAAACAGUGGCACAAAAAGGAGUAAAAGUGUA